AACUGAAAAGCAUAGCGUAGUAUUGUAAUUGCAAUAUUAGGCAGCUACGAAAUGAAGGUAGUGGGCAAGUUUAGGAAGCACUGAAGCAGGGAAUCCCAUAAAGCAAACCAAAAAGUAACUUCACCCACAAGCUUCCCAUUAUUUUCCAUGUCCAAAGAAUUCCACAUUUUCUGAAUUUACUCCAUGCCCCGCACGCAAAGAUAAAAAGCCCACCAUCAUUGCCACCAAAAGCUCCUCCCCUCCAUUUCCCGAGAAACAGCCAGAAAGUACUGAAGAAGAAGAAGCAGAGGAGAGGGAGAGUCCUCUUUGCUCUGUUUCUGGCUCUGAUCUCUUCCUCCCUUCCCGUCCCCUGUUUCAGCGAUGAAAUUUACCCCUCUCAAGUCCUCUGAAACUACCCAAGGCUCCAACACAAAACCGCUUUCCUGCUCCAAUACCACCCGGAAUACCUCCUUCCACCGCCCCACAACCACCGACUCUCUUUCCAAUUUGUACUACGAACCCACCUCCGUCCUGGACGUCCGCCGGAGCCCCAGCCCCGCCGCAGACGUUCCGCCCUCUGCCGCUGGAAUACUGCCCUCGCUUCCCGAUGCGUUGGCCCACUCCGACGACCUAACACUUCACUCUGACGACGUUUGGGACAAGUUGUUCACGGGCUUGGGGUUGCCCGACGCUGACGACUCCGGCACCGAUCAGUCUAGGGCUAUUACCCAGUUGGGUCCUUGCAUCGACCCUCAAUUUCCUCUCGUUCCUGAUUUCCCACCUUCUCAACUCCUCGAUUAUGCGCCGUUGCCGUUCGGUCCAACUGAUUUCAAUUUUUGCGAUCAGAGCUUGAACUCUUUCGAUCUCUCCAACGAUGUUCAGUGGAACUUGGGGUUUGAUUUCGCGGAGGAUCUGAUUCGAGCGGCCGAGUGCGUCGAAUCCAACGACUUGAAUCUCGCGCAGGGGAUAUUGGCACGGCUCAAUCAACGGUUGCAGACUCCCGCCGGGAAGCCCCUCCAAAGGGCUGCGUUCUACUUCAAAGAAGCUCUUCACUCUCUCGUCGCCGGUUCGAACCGGCCCAAUCGUUGUUCUACGUCUUCGGAAAUCGUUCAGACGAUCCGAGCUUACAAGGCCUUUUCCGGCAUGUCCCCAAUUCCGAUGUUCUCUCAUUUUACUGCCAAUCAAGCUCUGCUCGAAGCCGUUGAUGGGUUGCCGUUCAUCCAUGUCAUAGAUUUCGAUAUCGGGCUGGGAGGAAAAUGGGCAUCUUUCAUGAGAGAGAUCGCCGACAGAACUGACGUAAGAAAAGUCAUUUCCCCUGUUCUUCGCAUCUCCGCCGUCGUGCCUGAAGAAUUCGCAGUUGAGUCCAGAUUGAUCGGCGAUAGCCUGACCCAAUUCGCUCACGAACUGAGACUUGGGUUUCAAAUCGAGUUUGUGUUGAUUCGCGCUUUCGAAUUUCUCUCGUUCAAAGCAAUAAAGUUCAUGGACCGCGAGAAGACGGCCGUUCACAUUUCGCCGGCGACCCUCACGCGCCUAGCCGCGACGAACGGCGUCGCCGCGUUCCUGACAAAUCUCCGGCUCCUCUCGCCUCGCGUCGUGGUGUUCGUGGACGGGGAAGGGUGGGCGGACGCCGGCACGUCAUCGUUUAGCCGGGAUUUCGUCAACGGCCUCGAGUUCUACACGGCGAUGCUCGAGUCGCUGGACGCGACCGGCAGCGGCGGAGGAGGCGGAGGCGGAGGCGGAGUAGAUUGGGUGCGGAAGAUCGAGACGUUCCUGCUGAAGCCAAAGAUAUUCGCGGCGUUGGAGGCGGCGGGACGGCGGGCGACGCCGUGGAAGGAGGUGUUCGCGGGGGCUGGACUGAGGGUGGUGCAGCUGAGCCAGUUCGCGGACUUUCAAGCGGAGUGUUUGCUGGGGAAGGCUCAGGUAAAGGGGUUCCACGUGUCGAAGCGCCAUGGGGAGAUGGUGCUGUGUUGGCACGACAAGCCUAUGGUUGCCACGUCGGCAUGGAAGUGCUAGGGCUAGGUGGUUUACAUGCAGCUGACCAUGUUUGUACGUACUAUGUUAUUUAUGAUGAUUAAUGUAAUGUAGAAUGUAACCAUGACCAUUUUGUUUUGUUUUCGUUGUUGGUUUUUUCAAAAUCCCUUGGGAAUUUAUCCUUUUAAUGAGCCUGGGCUUGUUUCCAAACAAAGGAGUUUGUGAAACCAUAUAUAUACCUUGGCCCGGCCUAGUUAUUAUCUAUCCUUUUUGUUUUUUUGCUUGCUUACCUAAUUAUUAAAUAAUGGAAUGGGUAUUUGCUUUUUCUUGUUCA